CUGCUACUUACCAGUAAGUUGCCAGUGCAGUGUAGGUGGUCAGUGAAGCGCCUAUUUAUAUUGUGGCAUGAACCUAAAGCAAGUUCGAUCAUACCCAUCAGUUGUGACCAGCAUUGCAUCUUCUUCCUCUCUGCCAUGGCUUCCUGCUCGCCGCUGCUGUUGCUCGCCGUCCUGCUGGCCGUAUCGUCAUCGCCGUCCCUCGUGCCGGUGGCGGCGCAGUACCCCGGCGACUGGCUGACGCACAUCACCGUGUACAUGCACGAGACGGUCUCCGGCCGGCACGCCACGAUGCUGAGGUCCGUGCAGUCCCCGCUGGGCGGCAACUCCAUGUUCGGCACGGUGAACGUGCUGGACAACGAGCUGCGCGACGGGCCGGACCGGUGGGCCUCGAACCUCGUGGGUCGGUUCCAGGGCCUGUUCGUCGGGUCCGGGGUGGUGAGCCCGCCGGGCCUGAUGACGUCGAUGAACGUGGUGUUCACGGCGGGCAAGUACAACGGGAGCACGCUCGCGUUGCUGGGCCCCGUGCUGGACUUCGAGGCCCCCGUGGAGCGCUCCUUGGUGGGCGGCACCGGCCGCUUCAGGAUGGCCCGUGGCUACUCCGUCAUGACCUCCGUGAGGAACUACACCACGCCGGACUCCGUCGUCCUCGUCGACAAGAUCGACCUCUACGCCAAGAUCCGUUAUCAAGAAAUCACCUUGACGCCCCCGGAGAAAUUCACACGGGAGUCCCUCUUCGAUGAAUAGCUAGCUUGAUCACCUGAUCCGUUAUUGGGAUGUGUUGACACCGAUUUCGGGGUCGCCGUCAUCAGGAUGUAGUGUCAUGCAUGCAGCCUGAUUAUCGUUUACUGUUGUGUCGUGUACCUUGCUUCGUUUCGGUGAGUAGAAGUGUACCAUGCAUGAGUCCAUAUGUUGUUUAAGUGUUUAAAUUUUCUACUAGAAAAGAUGCUAAUAAAGUGCUUAAUUAAUGCUUCCA